AUGUCGUCGUCGUCAGCCUCGAACAACCAGGUGCUUCUAACAGGGUUAUCAUUGAUCCACGACUCGCCAUUCAAAUCUUCUCGAAGUCCCAACCCAAACUCCCAUAAUCCAGUAUUUGGGUCGUCUCCUUUGUUGAAUCAGUACGAUGAUAAAAGUUUUGCCAACCUUUACAACUUCUUGAAGACCGAUUAUCGAGACCGUGUUCAGAACAACGGGGUGAUUGGGAACCCCAACCAGGUCGACCAAACCCUGCUGGAGAAUGAUUUAAACUACUUAAAUGAUUCCUAUAAGUUUUACCUUUCUGAACUAUCCAACACUUUAAUCAACAACGAUGUCAAUAAAAAGGGUGCAGACGAUCAACUGCAGCCCAACAAUAACAAUAAUACUAGUAACAAUGAUCCAAAACCGGGGUUCCCGAAUUUAAAGGAUAUCAAGCUCUCUGAUGAUAUCAAGACGCUAUUCAACGCCACCAAAAACUCCAACACUAAUGAUUUGAUUCUUAAGAUAUUGAUAGAAAAUGCUUUAUACAACUUGAAUCUUUAUUUGGAAUCGACUGACGAACUCGAGUUUCUUCGUUCAUCAUUAAAGAAGAACCGGUCAACCAACACCGACAGGAUCAAUAAUUCGACAAUAUUAUCGCUUGACGAAAUCAAGAAAUUGAAGCGGAAAAUAUUAGCGCUUGUGGAAGAGCGCAAGGCGUUGCAAACUUCGGUAAACGACUCAAUAGGGGCGUUGAAAGAUAUUCUCGAAAAAUACCAAGCCCAAGAUGUGGACCCUACCGGCAUCGCCAACGCUGAUUAUAAGCCAUCUUCUAGACAAUCGCGGUUGGAGUUCGAAAGUAUCAACACAUUGAAUAGCAAACUUGAGCGGCAAUUGAUCGGAUCGUCAUUGUCCAAGUAUUUACUUGAUUGUGACAAACUAAAGAUCGUUAAUGACAAGAUCGAAUCUCAUCAAAAAAGGCUCUUCUCGCAUUUUUUCACCUGUUUGGUCAUUGGGUAUAUCAAUAACAUCUCUAUCAACUUGAAACUUCAAAAAAACAUCACCACCAACAGCUUGUCGCCAGUAUCCACUCCAAGAUCACCAACGUUUAGUGAAUAUUUAUUCAAAUCCCCAAUGUUGAACUCCCCAAUGUUGGGCAAGAAAAAUGCAUCAUCAAUGCAAAUGAUUGAAAAUAAGACCGCGAUUUUCAAUAAAUCGAUCGACGAAAUCGUGAGUUUUGUCGCGUCGGUAGCGGUGCAAAAAGAUAUUCAAUUGCCUGAUCCUGUCGAUAAAAGAACAUCAAUGAUGAUUAGUGAUUAUAACUAUAACAACAAUGACGAAAUCCUUAGUAAAACCAGCUGGGUGAAAGGUUGUAUCAACAGGAUCCUUAAUUACGACCAGGAAAAUUUAUUGCAAGAGCUGACAUUCCGUGAAAAUGUCCAUCUUAGAAACACCAAGAAAGAUGAUAGCCUCGAAGGUGAUAUUUCUCCAAAUUCGUCAGAAACUAGCGUCACCAGUGUUGAUUUCUCGCCAUCUUAUCAUUUGCCAAUGAUGAAAUCCCCAAUGAUCAACCGCGCCGAAUCGCCAUUCGGAUCGCGUUCGUCGUCGGUCACUAACAAUAAUAAUUCCAAAGAAGUCAACGACUUGCGGACCAAAAUUAAAGAUCUUAAAUUUGCCAAUGAUUAUUUGACAAAACAAUUCAAGACCGAACGUGAAUCGUUCAACAAGAUCUUGGCCGAGCAAAAUUUGAUGAAACUCAACCUCGAAAAAAAACUCACCAACGCCAUUCAGAACUUGGAACAGACCAAUUUACUCUUGAUGCAAACCGAGGCCAGUAAUGGUGAAUUGGAACGUAAGGCCAAUGAUAGUUUCAAUACCAUCAAUCAAUUGAAUAAACAAGUCACCCAGCUAAGAAUCGAAAAUCUUGGCACCGCGUCGCCACAAAAAUCCUUGGCCGAAGCCCCAAUGACACACAAGGGGUUGUCUCUGAUUUCUGUCGAGCGUCUUGAUGAUGACACUAGUUUGACCAUGCCUGGGGCCCCUGGUAACAUGGCCCCAGUGGCAUCGCCAAGUGCUGGUAUCAUGAGAACAGAGUUCAAAAAGAUCAUUGAUGAUAUCAACAAUAAACAUUUUGUCGAAUUGACAAAUGAAAUAACCGAGCGGAAAAGAUUAGAGAAUUUGGUCAAGAUGUAUAAAGAGAAACUUGAUGGCGUGGUGGGUAAAAACGAUGGAUUAUUCAACUAG